AUGGCCAAAGAAAAAAGAACGAAACCGUGUUCAAAUUGCAAACGAUCGAAAGUCAAAUGUAUAUAUAACAACUCGCUCCCGUGUGAACGAUGUAUUAAAACAGGUCAAUCAAUCAAUUGUCAAUUUGUACCCAAAUUACCUUCUUUAAAACUACCACCAUUCAAUAAAAAUGAUUCAACUCAUGAGGUGAGUCUUCCGCCGUUAUCUGUCAGUGGAGUUGGUAAUAGAACCAGCGGCAGCCAUGCUCUUUCAAACGCAGCAUCGACUCCAACAACACAACAACAACAACAACAACUGCAGCAACUGCAACUGCAACUGCAACUGCAAAUACUACCACCACCAUUACCACCAUCUAUUCAAAAUUCAAAAACUCAAUGGAAGUCUCAAAUGGAAGAUAGGAUGAAUAAUGUGGAUAAUAAAUUAAAUGAUUUAGUGGAGAUUUUAAAGAUGAAUCAACAAUAUUUAUUAGAAUCACAACGACGCUUGCAACAACCAACACCACAACCACCACCUCAUUAUACCCCCAUUAAUCCAUCUCCAUUACCCCGUCUCUCGACUUCUCCACCUCAAGAGCCAAUAGUCCCACCUCCAAGUAUUAAUUCGCAAAAUCUCAAACGUAUAAUGUCAGAGUCCAACUUAAAUACUCAUAAAAAGCAAAAGAUUGAUAUACCAGAAGAUUUCCGAUUGGGAUAUUUAAGUAAGGAAGAAGCUACAGAAUUAUUUAAAUUUUUCGAUACUAAUAUAUCUCAACAAUUAUUUGGAUUUGAAAUUUCCAAGAUAUCAAUCGAUUCAAUUUGGGAUUCUUGUCCUUUAUUAGUAUGUGCUAUAUGUGCCAUCUCAUCAAUCCAUCAUCCGAAAUUAGGAAAUAAAUCAGCAACAUUACAGAAAUAUUUACAUCACCUAUGCUCAACCAUAUUAUAUAAAGGUAAACCGACUAAUGAAACUGAUGGAUUUAACACUAUUGUUGCCUUAGUGUUUUGUAGUUUUUGGUUAACUGAUUCUCAGAUGUUUACUGGGUUAGCAUUACAAUUAGCUAAAGAAUUUGGAUUAAAUAAUCCAUAUACUUCAAAUAAAGAGAAAUUGAAAUUAUGGUAUUUAUUAUAUGUAUUGGAUGGUCAACAAAGUUUAACAUUUAAUAGACAACCAUUAGUUAAUUCUCAAGAAUAUUCAUUAAAGAAUAGUCGGGAAAUUUUAUUAUCUAAAAAAUUAGCUAUAAAAAGUUCAGUAUCACAAAACAAUCUAUUAACAGAAAGUGAUGAAAAGAAUAAUGAUGAUGAAGAUGAUGAUGAUAAAGAAAAACAAUCGGAAAGAUUUACAGACAUGAGAUUAGUAUCUCAAGUUGAAUAUAAUCAAGCCUUGAAUGAAGCAUUUAGAGGAAAUGCGUGGGAUCUUUUAGUUCCAUCUUCAUUUGGUAUACCAUCAAAAUCAAAUUUAGAAUUAGAUAGAUGGAUGGUAUCAUGGACUGUUUUAUUAGCCCCAGGUAAUAAUGGUACAGUUUGGUCAUCCAAAUCUACUUUGAUAUAUUAUAAUUUUGCCAAAAUGCAUAUUAAUUCCACUGCAGUAAGGCAAUUACAGAUUAACCCUAGUGAUGAUGGUAGUAUGCUUCCGAAAUGGGAUGUUACCAAAAUGCAAACUGAUAAAAGAAUAGAAAGUUCAUCAUCAGAUUCAUCAUCAAAUCAAAAUCAAUCUUUAACAGUGGAAGAUGAAGAUGAAUUCAUAUCAAAUAAGGAAUUAAUGUCGGAAGAUGAAACGAUCAUCAAUGCUAAUAUAGCAGUCAUUGCUGCUCAAACCGUAUUGAACUUGGUGAUUAAUGACAAUGAUAUAUUAGAUAAUUUGAAAUAUGUGCCAGUACAUAUUCAUAUCAUGCUUUAUUAUGCUGCUUUAUUAUUAUUGAAUCCACCAUUUAAAUCAAAUAAUAAAUCGAUUAAUUUUUCUGAAAAGGAUUAUUAUUUAAAAGUCUUGGAAAAUUUAAAGAUUGUGAAGAAUCUUCAAAAGAAAAUAUAUACAAAUUUACCUAUUGAUAUUAAAUUUGGGAAUCGAUUAAUUAAAAGUUUAGAUCAAAUCAUCGAUGAAAAAUUAUCCAAUAUUAAACAAUUUGUAAAUGAAUUAUCGGGUAAUGAUGAAGAUAAGUUACUAUUAGAACGUCAAAUCAUGGUGUUAACCGAUGAUACUAAGAACAUUGUGGAGAUUUUUGAUCAAGAAUCUAUGAGUAAAAGUACAACACCUGAAAGAAUUGCAGCUUGGCCAGGAUCAAAUCAUGGUCAUCCAUAG